AUCACGCAGCGUAAGCAGGAAACCAGCAUGCAGCUGUAGCCUAGCUAGCUGGAAAAGCAUGAGGGAGUACUCAUAAAAGUCUUUGUUUUUCGGGAUAAUUUAAUGUUCAAAUGGCGCCGUUGGACCAGAAGAGAAAACACGACAAAGCUUCAAUUAAAGAUACAAAUUUUAAUAAAGGAAGGAAAGCAUUUAGUGGGGUAAACAAGAAGAAGAAAAAGAAGUGGAUCCCACACAACAAAGUAUUUGAAGGCAGCGUUAAAGAAGGUCAAGGGUUUGCUUUUAAGAAAAGGGAGAAAGUCAAACAUGAGUACAAUAAAUUGCUGCGACGGGAGCAUAAGAAGAACCCUGAGGUUAAAGUGGUGUACAAGGAGGAGUACCCAGAACACCUCAAGCAUUUAUACCUGGCAGAGGAGGAGAAACUGAGGAGUGAGGCCUUGAAGAACAGAGCGAACAGGAGCAAACUGAGGAUGAAAGGGAAGCUGAAAGAUGAGGAUAGAAAUGAUGAUGUUGCUGAACCAGACUUUACCACAGGAUCAGAUCUAAUGGAUUCUGAUCCUGAGAACCCUGAAUCCACACCAACAACAGAGAAAGAAAGUUUACCAAUAAGCAACCGCAUGCGAAAGAAAAUGCAAAGGAAAACUUCUUAUCAGAAGACCAAGGAGGAAUUUGAGAAAAUCAAGGAAAAGAAGAGACAGAAGAAGGAGGAGUACCUGAAGAAUAAGCAACAGAGAGAAGAGGCUAUUCAGAAAUACAAACAAAAAAAGAUUGAAAAAUUCCAGAUGUUGAGCAAAAAGACAAAGAAAGGACAGCCAAACUUGAAUGUGCAGAUGGAGUAUUUGCUUCAGAAGAUCAAAAGGACAAAUGAAUGACUUCUCUGUAACUGAAGGAUUUUUUUUGGUUCUUGCCGUUUCUCAGCUGUAGCUGAGGAAAAACUUUUACACACUUUGUUUUGAAUUGUUCAUCUGGAUUUGUAUGCAAAAGCAAUCCAAAAUUGCCCAACGAUGGGAAACAUUAUUGUCGACCACAAGAUGGUGCUGUUGUGUAUCCAGAGAUGUACUUCUGUU